AUGGCAGCGAUGAACCGACCAGGUAGGACUCUAUUCACUCUAUACUAUAAAAGUUUCAUGCUUUCGCAAAUUAUGUAUUAUUUUGUAAGUGUAAUUCGGUCAAUUUGAGUCGGCAGCUUUCGUGUUUGUGUGAGUUUGAGCCGUGGUCGACGAUGGUCAGCGGGGUCUACGUGAGCAACAGGUUGCUAAUGUUAGCAUGAGUGCAGUUAGCCUGUUCAGCACUAAGGACAGCUCCGGCUGUGUUUACUUUGUUCUGAUGGGUCAAAUAUAGAAGAUUUAAACUAUUGAGUCCAAUUAUAUAUUUCAAACCACUCUUUAGUUUGUUGACUAUCUAUCUAUCUAUCUAUCUAUCUUGUCCUUUAAUGGGUUUCAGUAAGGCAGCUUCCUCUUUACACUUAUAUACUUAAAAAAAAUUAACAUUGAUAUUGAUAACCUUGAGGCUUCUGUAAUAUAUUUGUAAUUAAAAUAUGUUUCUAUUUACAAUGUGCAUGUAUGUCUUUUCUUUAUUGCAUCUUUCUUAGGUUUUGGUCCAACUUCUUCAGCCAUGAACUUUCCAACAAGGAUAACAGAAAAUGGAUUAUCUCCUUCAGAGCUAACCGAGGAGGAUAUUGACAAUCUACGGGUUGAACUUAUAAAGGUUAUGUAACUGUUGUUGUAUACAAAUCACAGUGUGCAAAGAAGGACGUUGAAAUAUGAACAUGUUAGGAAUAAGAGGUAAAAAAAAAACAUGUCUGUUCUGAAUUGUCUAUUAUGUGUAUUUUCGUUGUAGAUGGAGGAGGAAAUUCAGACCCUGCGGCAAGUGCUUUUUGCCAAAGAAAAAUACGCAGCAGACAUCAGGAGGCAGCUGGGUUUGGGUCCUCUCAGCAACAUCAAACAGAACCUGUCCAAAGGCUGGCAAGAAGUCCAGACUUCAGCCCCGUAAGUUGCAUUUUUAGACAGGCAGUGUAGCUUUCAAUGCGGCACCUUCUUUGUUACAUAACGUAGCAAUAAGAUCUUCUGGAUAGUCAAACUUCCACGCCACAACGCCGCUGUCUUAUCUGGUUUAGGACACCCUGCUGGAAGGACAUUUGCCACGCAUUGUCUUAGUGUGACUCCAUUACAUAACCGCAGAAUGCACACUAAUUACUAAUGACUGUUGUGGUCUUAAUCCAUAAUCUGCCAACCUGUGCAUGUUCUGCUGUUGUUUCAGAUAUCUCACAGCUUCUGCAACUUUGGAUGACAUCAGCCACUCCAACGUGUGAGUGCUGAUCCUCAGGCUUCCUUAGUUUUUGGUCCUCUGUACACAUGUUAGAAAAGACUCUCUCGAGAAACAAGUGAUGGGAUUUCACAGGUCAAAUAGGAUCUAUGACCUUUUAAUAGCCUUACAACCUGACUUAGCACAGGGAGCAGUAGUAUUAAGUAGCAACAGCAAAGCUAACCUGUAGCGCUGCUUUGAAAGCCAGAUGGAUCAUAACCAUUGCCCUCUAAGGGUCUGUUGUUUACUGUGUAAUUCCUGCAGUAUGUGUUACUUAUUGUCUUAUGCUUUCUCUAUUUUAUUUACUAGGUAUCAACGUGUGCUGAAAAUGUGCUGUGACUUCCCACCCUUUAGUUUCUAAAUUGUGUUCCUUCUUUUUUUACCUGUAGAUAUUUGAGGACACGGGAGGGUCUCUCUCAUGCAGGCCAGGUGACAUCUUCUGCACUGUCCAAUAUGGGCAUGGUCAUCACCAGGAGGCUGACAGAGAUGAGGUACAUUCAAGAACAACCAAGUGACUGGUUCCUAAAAAGAAGUUUUAAAAAAAUAUUACUUUAUGCAGAAAAACUCCCCAGAUGGCAACAUUUCGUUUUUAAUUUGUUCGUGCAGCAAAGUCAUACUUUUAAUGAAAAGUUAAAAUGUCAGUAUCCUGGCUCAGUAUGACACUUUGGUCCCUGUGGAGGAUAAAUUAGCCAUCCGUCUGCGAUUUCCCUGUAGUGUAAAGGCCUCCGGUGUUUGGUAGUAAGCAAACAUAAUCCAAUCACAACAGUACAGCUGGACAUCAGUGGCAGUGUCUAAUAAGUCUGUUGUUCUCACCCAUGAGGAAACACAUGUUUGUGUGAUGUCAUCUGUGUGUCUGUCUUUAUCCCAACAGAGCUCUGCCUCUCCCAAGCCCACCACGGUAAGACCCGUGAGUCGUGACGUAGACUGAAUAGAGUACAGUGGGUGCUACAGUGACAUUAGGAUUACCCUCACAUUUGUAUGACCAUGACUCGUUCAAACGGAUACUUUCUGAACUGAUUUUGAUUAUUUUAUCUAAAUAUACAUGAAUUAUCCAGGUAACAAUACAUAUUAAAUUAAAAAUUUAUAGAUUUAAUGGUUUUUAAGAUUUUCAAAGUCAGAUAUUCAAUAUACAUUUUUGGAUUUGUUCUCAUAAAGCUAAUGAACUCCUGUGUAUUACAUUUAUUUCUAUAUCGUACAUGUAGUUGCUGACAUUUAUUUUUACAUUAAAUUGAAUUAUGGGCAUGUAUACAACAGGUUAAGCUUAAAGUUGCUUAUGUUUUUGUACAGACUAGAUAAAUUAAGCAGACUUUUGUUUUCAUACUCUCAUAAAUAUCAAUCAACAUAGUAGCUGAAGCCCUACGUUAAAGGAAAAAUCAGAUUUUUGUUUGCUUUAAAAUGUUGAUGUUCAUGUUUCUAAACCCGUCUUGUGUUUUUGCUCAUACUCUCAUCUUUUUGUCUUUUAUGCAGCUCCCUGGGCCACACCAUGAGUGUGCCAGCUAUGAGGUAACGCACUAUGUUAUGUUACAACUUUCUUUUGUAUUUGUACAUUGGUUUAAAAACAUGUUUGUGAGAUAUUCUCAUUUCUCUGUAGACAUUCCAGUACAUUCAAGUCUUUUGAAGAAAUGGUUGGCAAUGUGAAGGUGAGUUUGUAGGACUGUUGCACACAGUGUUCUUGCUCUGUUUGAGCACUGAUCACACAAUGUGAAGGUGAGUUUGUAGGACUGUUGCACACAAUGUUCUUGCUAUGAUCGAGUACUGAUCACACCUGAUCACGCUGUGUUGUCCACGACAGGGCAAAGUGACCGGCAAUUCAACAAACAACGGUGACACUGCUGGGUUUGAAAGAAGAUUCUCACGUCACAGCACAUGA